UCGCAUUUGCUAUCUUAUUUUUUCUUUCAAAAAAUGUUUAUAUGAAUAUCGUUAGUAUGAUAUAUAUUUCAAAACACGAGGCGCGCAUUGAAAAAGUUAACGUAUUUUCUCUGGGCGAUUGUACUGAUAAUUAGAAUAAAUUAAAUUUAAUUAAAUUAAAUCAUUUAAUUGUCUUUAUAUUGACUCAUUUUCAUAAUCGAUAUAUUCUUAUUGUUGUUAUGGUCAGUGUUCUAAAGCCACAGAAGUUGCGAACGAAUUACAGAAUUUGCUCAAUAUACUGUUGAUUGAAGAUAGGCUGCAUUUGUCCUUGUUUUGCCAAAUUGUAAUCAGAGAAAAACUAUUGAAUUACAACAGAUAUAAUUUGUGAUCUCAAUACUUGUCAGAGGUCAUUGAUCCCUAGGCCACAGUAACCAGUUAGCUGUGUGCGACAAAUGCGUACGUCAUGAUCCGCCUAUCCGUCCUUAUCGGUUUUCCUUAUAAAAUUUUAUCAUUGUGAAUGUGUAUUUGCCAUAAAAAUGUAUUUUAGAAAAUAUUUUUGUCAUUUUGUCAAAUCGUUUCGUUACAACGUAAUUUCAUGUUAUACAUACUCUGUGUUUGACGAGCAUGCAAAUUUAUAGCUGACGAGGUCGAGACAGUUAACUGGUUAACAAAAUACAUAAUUUUUUAUUACUAUUUAGUGUAGGUGAUGGUUUCCCUAGGUUUAUUUCCGGGCGAUCAUUAUUUGAAUGAUGUCACCAUAAUAGCCGUAAUAUCAGCUAUCGUUGCGACAUUAUUUAGUUUUCGAUUUUAUCUGCGUAUAACAUCUGGAAGGUGUUUUAACGAGAUUAAGAUGGAAGGCAAAACUGUUAUCAUUACUGGAGCUAAUAGCGGCAUUGGUAAGGAAACUGCUCGAGAUUUAGCUAAACGUGGAGCUAAAAUUAUUAUGGCUUGCAGAAAUCUGGAAACGGCCAAUGCAGUAAGAGAUGAAAUUAUCAAAGAGAGUGGUAACGACAAUGUGGUCGUAAGGAAGCUCGAUUUGGGCUCCCAAAAGUCGAUUCGAGAAUUCGCAGCUGAGAUCUUAAGAAACGAGCAGAAAAUCGAUGUGCUCAUUCACAACGCAGGAAUGGCUUUAGCCUUUCGCGGCCAAACUAGCGAAGAUGGUAUUGAGUUAACAAUGGCGACAAAUCAUUAUGGCCCUUUUUUGUUAACGCAUUUACUUAUAAGCUUAAUUAGGAAAAGUGCACCUGCACGAAUAGUAAUAGUAGCCUCGGAACUGUAUCGUCUGGCGUCAGUUAAUCUAGACAAAUUAAAUCCCAUUGGAACUUUUCCUGCCGCUUAUUUAUACUAUGUUUCUAAAUUUGCUAACAUAUACUUCGCUCGCGAAUUGGCUAAACGAUUGGAAAAUACCGGCAUUACUGUUAAUUUCCUACAUCCAGGUAUGAUUGACUCCGGAAUAUGGCGCAACGUGCCCUUUCCGCUUAAUUUGCCAAUGAUGGCUAUUACGAAAGGAUUCUUUAAGAAACCAAAAGCUGGCGCACAAACUAUUAUAUAUUUGGCUACUUCUGACGAAGUGGUUAACGUCACUGGAAAAUACUUUAUGGACUGCAAAGAAGCUACAUUGAGUGCAACGGCUAUGGAUGAAGAGAAAGCCAAAAAUCUAUGGGAAGAAUCCGUUAAAAUAGUUAAACUAACCCCAGAUGAUCCUAAAAUCUAAUACCUAAUUUAACCAUGUUAGGCAAAUUGUGUGUGUGAAUCAUCCAGGCUUUAGCAGCUUUAUAUUGAUUUUAUAAAAUAAAUAAGCGUUCACCUACUACUAGUG